UCUGCCCAGAACUCGGCCGGCAUUCAGACGCUCCUCGACGCCGAGCGAGAAGCCUCCAAGAUUGUCCAGAAGGUCCGCACCAAGCGCAUCCGUGAGGCUCGCGAUGAGGCCAAGCAGGAGAUAGCCGACUACAAGAACAACAAGGAAGACGAGUACAAGAAGUUCGAGGCCGAGCACAGCAAGGGUAACCAGCAGGCCGAGGACGAGGCCAACAAGGAGGCCGACGCUCAGAUCAAGACCAUCCAGGAGGCCGGCAAGAAGGGCCAGGCCCAGGUCGUCAAGAACCUCCUCAACGCCGUUUUCGAGGUCCAGCCCGUUGCCCCCACCAAGGCCUGA